UCCGGGGCAGAUGGCCGGGCUCACCGGGUCUCGGUUCGGUACCGGAGCUCGUUUCGGUGUUUGUGGCCUUCAGCCCGGAACAACCGUUAAGUUUAGAUUAGCUCUGCAGCUAACAAGCGAACUAGCGUCAGGACCCGGAUUUUAAAAAGAUGCUUUAUUUUAAAAUAAUCUGACUGAUAGUUUAAUAAAUUAGUGAUUUUGUGAUUUAAAUUAAAAUAAUCUGAUAGUUUAAUAAAGUAGUGAUUUUAUGAUUUAAUUUAAAAUAAUCUGACUAAUAGUUUUAAAAAGUAGUGAUUUAAUUUAAAUAUAAUGCGAUUUCUAAACUAUUUAUCUUCAUAUUUUAACCUCUUGGUUCUGUUUUUUCUGUCAUUUUGUCCUAACCUGCUCACAUCAAAGUGAACAGAGUGUUUCGCUUUUAAUUUUUUUCGUGUUUGAACUUCCUUCACGUCCUUCAGCUGCUGAGACGCUAAAAUACACAAAUUAAUAAUUAUUAUUAAUAUUAGACCAUGUUUGGGUUGAAAAUCCACAUAUUCAGACUGAAUCAAAACAUCUUCACAGCUCUUUUAGCCCACAGAUCUUUUAGGUCCUUAUUAGCCUCCACAGCUAACGACGUAGCUUAGCUUUACCACAUUAAUGAUGUUCUGAUUUUAGUAAUCUGACUUACAAACUGAUUUUCUUUAUGCUCUGACCUCCUUCUUCUUCUUCUUUGUCCUAAACUGCUCAGAUGAACUCGAACUCUAAGUUCUGAGAUCGACUCUUUUUCGUCUUCGACUUUAUUUAGCUUAGCUUUAGUUAGCUGAUAUGCUAAAAUAUAGAAUAAGAGUAAAAAAAAAACCUUUAAAACCAGUUAAUGAGUCAGCUGAUGUCAGAAACUAAAUGGAAAUGAUGCUAAAAUAUAAAACUAAAAUCUCUCAUGAAAGGAAUCAUAAAAAUAAAAUUUAUGAAAACAGAAGUACUGAAUAUUUUCAUAAUAAAAUACAAAUAAAUAUGGGAAAAGCAUUUUAAAAAAUGUACCAGAAAAUAAUAAUUUGGCAAUUUUUAAAAUGGAAAAUCAAAACUAGAAAAUAUUAAAAUGUAAAAUUCAAUACAAAGCCAAGUUUUAUGAGAAUUAGCAUGAUUCUUUUACUCAUUAUCCCCGAAAACAGGAAAUUAGCUUUAACGUUAUGUCUCUGUUUAAUUAAUGGAGUUAAAGUGGUGUAUUUAAUUUAUUUUAAGUAUUUAAUUUAAUUUAUUUUAACUGGUCUGUUUCAGGGCUGCACAGUGAGGUAGUGGUUAGCGCUGUCGCCUUGCAGCAAGAAGAUCCCCAGUUCAAAUCCCGGCCUGGGAUCUUUCUGCAUGGAGUUUGCAUGUUCUCCCUGUGCAUGCGUGGGUUUUCUCCGGGUACUCCGGCUUCCUCCCACAGUCCAAAAACAUGCUGAGGUUAAUUGGUUACUCUAAAUUGUCCGUAGGUGUGAAUGUGAGUGUGAUUGUGUGUCUGUAUAUGUAGCCCUGUGACAGACUGGUGACCUGUCCAGGGUGUCCCCUGCCUUCAGUCAGCUGGGAUAGACUCCAGCACCCCCCAUGACCCUUGUGAGGAUAAAGAGGUGGAUAGAGGAUGGAUGGAUGGAUGGAUUAUUUCAUGGACUUUAGCUGGUUUAUUCUAUUAUUUUUCAUCAGAAUCUAACGUGUUUCCAGGUCGUUAUCAGCCGAUGAUGUUUGCUGCUUUAGUUCCUGCGUGACAUCGGGUCAGAAGGUCGUUUGGAGCUGAUUCUGGGUCAGAUAUCAGCGGCUGUAAACCAGAUAAGUCUAAUUAACGCUGUUGUGUUCAACAGCAGACGACUGAAGUCCAGACUGAGGACUGUUGGACCCACAGAGCAGCAGAUUGUGAUGGAGGACGCUUCACCUGUUCAGCCAGAUGUUUCUCCAUGCUGGAUGGAUCUCUGCUCCUCAGUUCUCUGUUUCUGAUCCGGUUUCUGGCUGCUGAAUGGUUCCAUCUCAGUAGUACUUCAAAGAUCCAGUCAAACACAGUACUACAGUAGAAAGUACUACAGACGAUGACCCUCCUGGUUCUCUCUGCAGGACGUCUUUGUGGAUCUUUGCUCUCCUGCUCUGGAGCUUUUUCUGCAGUCAUGACGCCUUCAUCCUCCCGUCUGUCCUCACCGAUGCUCCGGCUGCUCGUAGCCGCCGUCGUACUCCUGGUGAUGAUGUCACAUCCUGCUUCGGCCGCUGAACCGGAGACGUGUUUCUCCAGGCAGCACCAGAGCGCCAUCGUCAACGUCCGCCUGGCCCUCAGCAGAGCCUCCACCGCCAUGGACGCCCGGGUGGUCCGGUCCGAUAAGGACUGUGUCCUCGCAUGCUGCUCUGAGGAGGUCAAACCAGGAGCUAAAUGCAACAUGGCCGUGUUCAACGGAAACAAACCCGCUGGUGAUGAGAACUGCUUCCUGUUCCACUGUCCGACGGAGCAGGACUGUCCGCUGACCAAGGCUCCGGAUGGCACCAGCACCUACGACAUCUACAAAGGUUUGAUUCAUCCAACCAUUGUGAGACCAGCAACCACCACCAGUCCAACAACCACCACCAGUCCAACAACCACCACCAGUCCAACCACUACCACCAGUCCAACCACUACCACCACCACCACCAGUCCAACCACUACCACUACCACCACCACCACCAGUCCAACCACUACCACCACUCCAACCACUACCACCACCACCAGUCCAACCACUACCACCACUCCAACCACUACCACCACCACCAGUCCAACCACUACCACCACCACCAGUCCAACCACUACCACCACCACCAGUCCAACCACCACCACCAGUCCAACCACUACCACCACCACCAGUCCAACCACCACCACACCAGCACCAACUAUACCUACAACUACUCAAACUACAACAACCACCACCACCACCACUCAGACACGAGCCACCACCACAGCAGGUCCACCCAUCAUCAUCGUCGCCUCGAUGCCCGCAGUAACCUCAUCACCCACCACUGUUGCUACGACAAGAACAACAGCUCCUACCACCACCAUCAGCAUGAGGAGGCCCAACAAAACCAACAAGAAGCAAAACAAAAGCACCAAGAAAGGAAGACCUCAUGUGAUCAUCAGCAGCUCCACAGCUCCACCUGCUGGGGUAACGGAACACAGAACUACCGGAAAACCACAGCCAGACACUCCAACUACCACCACUACUACUACCAACACAACCACUCCUGCUACUACUACUACUACAUCUCCUACCACCACCAAAUCAACUACUACAACCACUCCUACAACUACCACAACCACCCCCACUACUACUGCUAUGUCUCCUACCACCACCAAAACAACCACUCCUACAACUACCACUGCCCCUCCUCCCACUACUACUACUACUUCUACUACUACCACUACUACCACUGAACCGUCCACCACCAGGGCGACUCCAGCGCCGGGUCUCGUCAUCGUCCCUAAAGACGCCGUCCAGUCGGAUCAUGUCCUCCAGAACUCCAGCGCCGGACGAGGGAAGGUGGCAGCGGCGGCUCAGGGGGCACUGAAGAGCGGCGCGGUGGCGUUCAUGGUGCUGGGACUCGCCGUGCUCACGCUGGCUCUGGCUGUUGGCGGCCGCAAGGCGAUGGAGUCCUUCGACAGACGACAUUACACAAGACUGGAGCUCAAUGACCUCCACUAUGAGGUUUAGGAGGAAACAAACGGACUAGAGUUCAUUUACGGUUGUUAGCGUCUCUCUGAUGUCUGUCUGGUUCCUUUGCUUACAACAGAGGUACACACUGUGGUAAUCUGGUGUAUACGGUCCAGAAUACUGGGCUGUGAUUGGCCAGAGGGCUCUGAUGUUUGGUUUGUUUCCUUUCAAACGAUCUUCAGAUCUUUUGUUGGUGAUCAUGAUGUAACCUCUCACACCUUAUCUUCAUCAGAUUUUUGUUAAUUGUCGGUAACAGGAAGUUACACGUGUAAACUACUGAAGCUCCGCCCAUGUUCAAGCUCCACCUCCUGAACCUAAGUAUAAUGACAUCAUCACAGAACGUCAACAGCAGCUGGUCUGAAACUGGAAAACUGCAAAUUAAAUUAGAGUAGAAGCAACAUUCUGUGGCACAAAAGCGUUUUUUAGACAUGUUUGUGAAAUUAUUGUUGAAGGAAUCGUGACCACAUUAUUAUGAAUUAAUGACCAGAAAAGUGUUUUUAUUGGCGGAUUCACUGCACUUCUGUAGAGGAGGAGGUUUUAAACACCUUUAGCUCACAUAUUUUACUCUAUUUUCACAUUAUUUAGCUCCAUGUGGGAUGUUUUUUUUUUUUUUUAGAGAAUCACACCUCUGAUUUAAUGUUUUGAGCAGCUUUAUAUCCUCAGCUUGGACAGUCACUGAACCCUCGGAGCUCCAAGACUUCAGCCGGCGAUGGAACCAAGAACUAACAGCAAUAUUUUAAACCUCAGGAAGCCUCUGAAGUGGAGCUGGAAAGCAGAAGGUUUGUGAAUACACUGCAUGUCUUCUCAGCUUCACAGCUUCAGCCAUACGAGCUUGUUCAUGUCAGACGCUCCUCACUGUGGUGUUUCUGUCUUCGUCCUCCACUCUGGAUGAAGAUCCGACCGAUGGAUGCACUCCUGAUGCACUACUGUAUCCUGUGUUUUUGAUAAAUAUGAUCUGCUUCUUUUGUGAUAUUUGAUUGUUUUUCACGGCUAAGAGGACACUGUGGCUGCGCACUAUUUUCCUAGAAGUCUGCUGUUUGUUCUGUCCAGCCAGCAGGGGGCAGCAGCAGCCUGGAGGGUUUUUAUGUCUUCUUAAUUAAUUACUGAAUGGUUCAUAGUUUGGUCUCGUUUUGUGAAGUGAUGCUUUUGCAUAAGUUUGGAAUUUGAUGUUUUGUUCUUGUUAGAAUUAAAAAAAUGUGAUUUUUGAACAAAUUA